CGUAUUGGGAAAUAUCCCGAACAGCAAAACAAGCGCUCAAAACACCAGAACUGGCGCGGAGUUCAGAUUGAGAAACGAAAUACACACAGAGCGGUGGCGGGAGGUGUUGUAAAGCGAAAAGGGUAGAAAGACAGUUUUGAUAUUUUAAAUAGCGUGCUGAUAAAAGACGACCGCGUUUGAAAACCGUCGCAUCUGAAGGAGUAAACCGCAAAGAUGGGCGAUUUCGGAGUUUAUGCGGUUUUUGGAGAAAACGGUCCUCCUCAAAAGCUGCUGGGUGCUGAAGGGUCGUGCAGAGUUUCUGUUGCAGUACCGCCGACUGUCCGCCAGGUGGUGCUGUUCAGCAGCGGCCCGUGGGGGCAGAUGAUCUGCGUCAACGCGGAGCUCAAUGAUGCAGAUAGGAUCCCAAUCACCAUAGGAAAACUGACUCCUUACAACAAGUGUUUGUCAUGGGAGCAGUGGGAAGAGGAGACAUGGAUGGACAGCGUCACACUGAAAGUCAGUCUGGAGGGAGGAAACCUGUCGGAAGCAGAUCGAUCAGAACCAGAGCUCAUCUUGGCUGUGAAGGAAUACACACCAAAGGACAUGGGGCCUCCCCUCGCAGCCCGCGAGCUCAAGGGCAAGAGGAAGAGAGGGCGAAUGGCGGAGGAAGACGACAAGAAGGAGGCGACGAAAGCAGGAGGAGAGGAAGAAGAAGAGAACGUGUGUCCGAAUGGCGCCCGGGAGAAGAACACGCCUAAACGAAAGGUCAAAGGGCAACCGAGAAGCAGCCAGAAGCUGUUUAAUAGCGGAGCGGAAACCACUAAGAUGAAGGGAGCAGCUAAUGUACCAGAGGAGACGCAAGGCAUUGUGGGAAGGACGCCUCCUCAGAGCGCAGCCAGGACAAAGAGUAGGCAGGCCAAGACUCCCACGCACACCGCCCCUCUGCUCAGCCCGUCGGGACGCUGGGGUCAGACUUUGUGUCCCAUCGACGCUCAGACAGCCAUCCUGAUCGGAGGCCAGGGAGCCAGGAUGCAGUUCUGCAAAGAUCCCAUGUGGAAGCUCUGCACAGAGGACCUGUCCUGGGUGGCUGCAGAGACCCUGGCGGAGGGUCCGACCCCCGAGGGCAGGAUCGGACACACGUCCAUCUACGACCCGGAGUCCAGGCGCAUCUUUGUGUUCGGAGGCUCCAAGAACAAGAAGUGGUUCAACGACGUGCACAUCCUGGACACGCAGAGCUGGAGGUGGAGCAUGGUGGAGGCCCAAGGUAAGGUCCCUCCCCUGGCCUACCACAGCUGCAGCUUGUUCAGGGGUGAACUCUUCGUCCUGGGAGGAGUUUUCCCUCGACCGAACCCGGAGCCCGACGGCUGCAGUGACUCGCUGUACAUCUUCGAUCCAAACCUCUCCAUCUGGUACCAGCCCAUAGUCACGGGAGACGGCCCGUCCCCACGCUCAGGUCACUCUGCAUGUGUGAUGCAGGAGAGGAAGAUCUAUGUGUUUGGAGGCUGGGACACGCCCGUCUGCUACAAUGACAUGUACAUGUUGGACCUUGGUCUGAUGGAGUUUUCUGCUGUCAAAACCUUUGGGAAAGCCCCGUCACCCCGAAGCUGGCACGGCAGUGUUGUGCUCUCAGACACAAAGUUCCUGAUCCAUGGUGGUUACAACGGGAACAACGCCCUCAGUGACGCCUUCGUCUUUGACAUAGACACCAGCACCUGGACGGAGGUCGCCCUCCCUCAGCUCUCUGUCCCCAGGGCGGGUCACUCUGUCAUCGCCAUGGCGACAGCCGGCCGCCGCCGCCGCCUCUCGGAGGAGGAGGACGACGAAGACGUGGACAUGAGCGGCGGCGUCUCCGGCCGACCCGGGACCCUGCUGGUGUUCGGAGGCGGAGACAACGAGGGCAACUUCUACUCCGACCUGACGACCGUCGCCGUGGACGACGUCCUCGCCGCCGUUUGACGCUCCUGCUUUUAUAAUUUAUAUUCUCCCUUUUUUUUUUUUUUGUAAUGUUGUACGAGUUGUGUGUAGAAAAGGGUUUUACAGUUUUGUUUUAAUAAUCAGACAUUUAAGGUGUAAAUUUCAACCUAAAAGUUCCCCCCUCGUUAUAAAUCUCCCAUUAAUGAUGAAAUAUACAAUAGAUAUUGGUUUAAAGCUUUUAUUUUUAUGUACAUACAUUUAAAACAUUUUUAGUUUUGCUCAGGUGAGAUUUUUAUAUCGUUUGAUCGUGUUGUUUUCAGUAGCUCCUCGCUGUAAUUGGGGCAAAAAUGUAAACACAUUUAUUUCCUGUACAGUUGCAUUUUCACUUAAUAAACCUUUGUCCCUAUA